AGCCAUUCAGCGAAUAGCUUCAUUAGCCCUAUGUAUAUUACGGCGUAUCUUUACCUGCUAAACAGGGCAUUUUCUCGAAUAAAAUGCUGAUAGGUGAGAAAUUAGAUGGCCGUCGCGCAUAACCUAGCCUCAGCUCGUGACAGUUGUAAUUUCUUGGCUGGUGCGUCAUUGCUUUGGGAGACCAUGGGAGCAUCAUGUAUACUCACUCAUAUUUAAACCCCUUUUCCCAUCCUGUAUUACAAUCCAAUAUUCCAUCAUCGCAACCCUAUCCCAAGGCAAAACUAGAUAUCGUGAGCCACGAUGAUUUCCUUCCGGGGCGCGUUACAGCUUUCCUUUAUCACCUUGUCUCUUGCCCAACCCCAUGGGACUUCAACACUUCAAUGGGGGCCGUGCAACAAGACCGAAGUUCCCAGUGACGUCCCUGUAGACUGCAGCGUUCUGAUGGUACCUCUCGACUACACCGAGCCAGAUUCUGAUGAGAAGCUACAGCUUGACCUUGUCAGGAUUCCUGCCCCUGUGAAACCCUCCAAAGGAAGCAUCCUCUUCGAUUUCGGCGGACCUGGCGGUACUGGACGAGAUGAAAUAGGCAUUAAGACUUUGGCGGAUGAGCUAUUAGCACUUACUGGCCGUCAGUUUGAUCUUAUUGCAUUCGACCCACGCGGUACUCAUGGCUCGAAAAUUCCUAUCCAAUGUUUCGAUAACGAAUAUGACGCCUGGUCAUUCUAUCUGGACGUGAUACCUGCAAAUAGUUCCGAUGUGGAGUUGGGAAAGCAGUGGGCACAUGCGUCUAUGCUUGCCAACGCCUGCCUCAAGACACAUAACAAGACCGGAAGUUUGAUUAGUUCUGCCUUUGUGGCAAGAGAUAUGAUGCAAAUCGUAGACGCUCUUGGGGAAGAUGGGAUGUUACGAUACUGGGGUUUCUCAUAUGGCACGACAUUAGGGGCAACUACAGCUGCUAUGUUCCCUUAUAGGAUAGGAAGGAUGGUCCUCGACGGUGUACAAAACCCGCACGAGUAUUACCAUGCACAGGCAGACUUCGAGGAAUUUACAGAUGCGGACGCGGAGUUCUCGGCUAUGUUUACAAGCUGUGUUGAAGCUCGCGAGAACUGUGCGUUGGCUAAAGGCAGCAACAAGACGGCCGCUGAGCUCGAGCAGGCCGUCUGGGAUCUCCUCGACGCUGUCAAGUACAACCCAAUUCCUCUCAGGUCAUUCAUACUCGACUACACCAGCGUGAAAUCUCUUCUGGUACAGGGUCUCUACGAUAGUUCCUCUUGGCCGGGUAUUACUAGUAUACUCAAUGCGAUCAUGACCGAGCAGUACGAUGUAGUUAACAACGCUUUCGAGGCUUUGAUGCCCACAACCUCCAUUGAUAUAUUCAAGCAGAGUCAACAGCCGCAGGUACUUGCUUCCAUACACUGCAGUGAUAACAUGGUGCGAAGCAAGACGUUUGAUGACUUCGUUCCGGCUAUCCAGCGUCUAUACAACACUAGUAGGAUCAUUGGAGAUGGGCUGAUAUUCUUAUACAGCGCCUGCGCGCAAUGGAAGAUUGAACCGAAAGAGCGAUACACGGGCGACUUCAACGUGAAGACGAAGAAUCCAGUCCUCUUCAUUGGUAACACUUUCGACGGGCUCACCUCCCUUGUUUCAGCCAAGAAUGUUAGCUCAACUUUUGAAGGGAGUGCCUUGCUAACAGUCGAUGGAUAUGGUCAUGCCUCAUUGGCCGCUCCUUCAGCAUGCACUAUCAGAACAACUUCAGCAUAUUGGGCAAAUGGCACUCUACCUUCCGAAGGAAAGGUCUGUGACUCGGCUCCGUUGUAUUCAGGAAUCACCUGGGAAGAUAUUAUACAGGAGGUAUACGGUAAUACUACGGCGCCUGCCAAACGCCAAGCACACCGUGUGCCAAAGUUCGGAGGCCCCCUAGCCCCUUCUUUCAUUCCUAGGUACCUAGGUAAUGGAACCUCGCAGAUGAGACACGUCGAUAUUGUUAUAAUUGAUUCUCUGUCCCCUAUUCAGAGUAUUAGUCUCCUGGUAAUAUUUGGGAUUUCAUAAAGAAUAACUUGUUGGUCAAAUUCACGAUGUAGGUAUUUACCUUUUCUGAUUCUUUAUUGUAUUAAUGCAAUUGAAAACCAUCAGUCCACUUUCCUGUCUGAUUCUAGAAUUCUGUCGAUGUGCAACACGGGACCUUAAAUGAUUUGCACACCGUUUCUGAAAUUUACUGUGGAAUAUUUUCUGAAUUAGACAAUUCGUUGGUGAUUUGUCGACUAUUUUGUUAAGUCAUUAUCAGAGUUCUAAUCUGAUUCCCGAACUCGUAGCUAUAACUCCCUAGAAUCAUUGUGUAAUGCAGCUCUGGUCAUCAUUACCAGCAUCGGCCUUGUGCCUUUUAGGGUGAGGUGCCAUGUCAUUGAGGUCGUCAAAAUCAGCCUCGUCAUGUGCUCUUCUCUUCGACUGACUAGUGCCACUGUCGCGGUUAUCCUUAGGUGGAAAUACUCCCUCGAAUAGUUUU